CUCCCACCACUAUUACCACCACAGGUGGAGUGGGCUGGCGCUUGACUGUAAAACUGGAGAGAGCUGGUUCGAGUUUACAUUUUAGUUGCUGUUAAGAAGAAAGCUUGCACAGUUUUCAUCUCCUGUAAAAAGCUGCUUGCCAUCCAGAGAAAAAUGUAUCAGUGGCUUUGGCUCCUUGGAAAAGUUCUGCUCUUGGUGAGAGUGGCUGCCUCAAUUAACUUUCUCCAUCACCGCUAUGAGGAGCUGGUGCAAGCCCUCUUCGACGUAAGGGGCUCAUGCCCCUAUAUUACCAGGCUGUACAGCAUUGGGCGCAGUGUCCAGGGCCGCAACCUCUAUGUGCUGGAAUUCAGCGACUCUCCUGGCAUCCAUGAGCCCAUGGAGCCAGAAUUCAAGUAUGUGGCAAACAUGCAUGGGAAUGAGGUCCUAGGCCGGGAACUGUUGCUCCAGCUUGCAGAAUUCCUAUGUGAAGAAUAUCGCCAUGGUAAUCAGCGCAUUACACAGCUCAUCCAUGAAACACGCAUUCACCUCUUACCUUCAAUGAACCCUGAUGGAUAUGAAGUGGCAGCUGCCCAGAACCAAAGUUCCUUAGACUACCUUACUGGGAGAAACAACGCCAAUGGAGUUGACCUUAACCGUAAUUUUCCUGACCUCAACAACAUCAUGUAUCACAAUGAGAAACAGGGUGGACCCAAUCAUCACAUCCCUUUGCCAGAUAAUUGGAAGAGCCAGGUGGAACCAGAGACAUUGGCUGUAAUUCAGUGGCUGAAGAGUUACAAUUUUGUUCUAUCAGCCAAUCUUCAUGGUGGAGCUGUAGUUGCCAAUUAUCCCUAUGACAAAUCCCAUGAACAGAGAAGUCGUGGCAACUGGCGUACAAAUAGCACCCCCACUCCUGAUGAUGUCCUCUUCAGAAAGUUGGCCAAGGGUUAUUCCUAUGCCCACGGAUGGAUGCAUCGGGGUACAAACUGUGGAGACUUCUUUAUUGAUGGCAUCACUAAUGGGGCAUCUUGGUACUCACUCAGCAAGGGGAUGCAGGAUUUCAAUUACCUGCACAGUAACUGCUUUGAAAUUACCCUUGAACUGAGCUGCAACAAAUUCCCACCGCAGGAGGAACUGGAAUUUGAAUGGCUGGCAAAUCGGGAGGCCCUUAUUGCCUACAUAGAGGAGAUUCACCAGGGCAUCAAAGGCCUGGUGUCAGAUGAGAACAACAACAAACUUGCAGGAGCUGUCAUUUCUGUGGAAGGAAUUGGCCAUGAUAUCACUACAGGUGAACAUGGUGACUACUUCAGGUUACUAUUGCCUGGUAACUAUAGAAUUACUGCAUCAGCAGAUGGUUACCAAUCCCAGACCGCGAUGGUAACUGUUGGCCCAGCUGAGCCCUCACAGGUUCAUUUCCAACUCAGACAGAAACCUUUGGACAGUCCUCCUGUACCAAAGGCGUAUGCGAAAAGGCCUAACUGUAAAGCUCUGCAUAAGAAAAUUGUCCCACGGGCUGCCCAAUGGGAGUCACUGCGAUGAAGAUGUUCCUUCUCUAGAUAAAAGCUGAAGGAGCCAUGUUUGACAUGCAAUGUCAACAAUAGUGGCAGAUGAACUUUCUAAGAAGCAUCCAACCUUCUGAUCACGAUCAUGAAAUGCAUCUAGAGCUUCCUGCUUAUUAAAUAUAUAUUUAACUGCAAUGUGGACUGAAAACUCUUUCUGAAGGAGGACAGGCAUUAGACUCUUCUGUUCUAUAAUAGUCUAAUCAGUCCUGUGUUUUAAUUUCUUGCCUGCUUUUUGGCUUAUGCCCCUUCUAAUGCUGUGGAGCUCCUAGCAGUCUUGAAGACUGAGCCAAUUAACUCCACAGGUAAAUCAGCUCCAUUCCUGCUUUAGAAAAAAUGCUGCAUGACAGUUUUACAGCACUUCCUGUGAAGCUGAAGAGGGGAUCAUCCUCCUCUGGUGGGAACUCCUACUUUACCGCAUCCUGCUUUCUGCUUCUGGGAUUUCCCUCCCUCCUCCAAAGCUCCAAAGUGAAGACCAUGAUAGCUUCUUUCUUUCACAUCCUAUUCUGCUGAAUAGAGGAGUGGCUAUGACCCUGCUUUCCCCUAAUGCAGCAAGGAGAACAGUGAGGAGCCUCCAGUUUUUGUUGUCCAGUUCUCCCCAUUGGUGGGCUGGAAAAAAUGCUGUCUAGCUCAAACAAGCAGGCUUUACGGACACUUGUGUAUUGGCCCAAGAAGUUUGCUGUUCAUUUGGAUUGCAAAACCAAGGGCACAGAAGAUAAAUUUGCCACUUGAGUUACUAUUGAUAUGUAGCCACAUCAAAAUUUUGAUAAAGGUGAUAAACAUCAGCAAUUAUCUCUGUACAUACAUAUGCAUUUAGAACUCUGGAUGUCCAUGAAAAUAAUGCACAUAGUAUGGCAAUAGCCUGUUAGGAUUAUAUAUGUACUUUGUGAGCUGCCCAGAGUUCCCCAUUGGGGGGAGAUGGGCGGUG